AAAAAAAAUCCCACAAAAGGUAAUAUCAAAAAGAGUGGACCCCAAAAAAGCGAUAAUUCCAAUGACCAAAACAUAAAAAAUCAAAACAUUUUCAGCUCUUUCCCUCCCAUUUAUUCACAAACCCCUUUUCUUCUUCUUAUCUGUUCAAAAUGAAGGAAUGGGUAAAGUCGCAUGGUUUGUUAAUACCCUUUUUAUUUAUAGUAUUGUUUGGCUUUGGUUAUCAAGCCAUUCCUUUAUUCACUUGCUUCUAUCUUCCUUUGGUUCUCAUUUACACUCGAGAUAAACCAUGGCAAAACAUUAUUUUUAUUUAUUUUGUCAGUAGCAUGGGUUUCGCUUUGGCAUUCUUGGGUAAUUUUCGUACCACUACUACUCCUCGAUUCCCCAUGGCAUGGUUCAUGUUUCUCGCUUCAUUCGUCAUCAAUCUUGUUUUAAUCGUGGUUUUAUUCUCAGAGCGAUUCAUGAGAAAACACAACACAGACAUGACCACACGUGUCUUAUUCACCCCUUUACUCUACACAUCCUUAUGGUUCCUCAUCGGUCGUUUAGGUCCUUUAGGUGAUUACCCUUCUCUCACCACUGUGACCAUCGGUUGGUCAGAAUUCGCUCAACUCUCCUCAUUAGGAGGUCGAGCAUUCCUUGAUUUCCUCUUGGCCCUUUCAGCUACCGUCCUACUCGAACUACCUACUUUUCCUCUUCAUCAACUCUCUAUUCGUACAACGCCUCAUCUCUUACAGGAUACGCAUGUUUCCGAGGUCGAACAUAAGGAACGAUCCUUUUGGCUUCAUCCUGUGACCCUUUACACGAUACUCAUGGCUGUACUUUUAUCCUAUGGCGGUAUGGGUAAUAUCCGUCGUGGUUCGUUUUAUCAAACCAUCUACCCCGAUUAUAUACCAAAGACGGAGCGUGUAGGUUGUGUGGUAGGACCCGGGGAUAACUUGGGUUUACAGUUAUCACACGAUACCUGGUUUAAUCAAUCUCAGGCUUUAGUUGCCUCGGGUGCUAAACUCAUUCUAUGGUCCGAAUUAACAACGAUUGUACAAGAAGAAGAGGCAUUUUUAAACAAAAGUAAAGCAUUUGCACGAAAACAUGGUGUCUAUCUUGCUGUCACCUAUGGGUUAGGUCAACCUGUACGUGAAAACAAGUUGGUGGUCAUGACAAAGGAAGGUGAGAUUGGUAUCAAUUACAAUAAAGCACAUCCCGUACCUGGUAUUGAAUUACAACCAGCAGGACCCAAUGUGCUUCAAUUCAUGGAUACACCUGAAUUCGGUAGACUCGGUGGUGCCAUUUGUUUUGAUUUCAAUUUUGCUCAUUUGAUAGGCCAAGCCAGUGAUCAUGGCAUCGAUAUCAUGCUUCAACCAAGUUGGACAUGGGGACCGAUUGGUACCUAUCAUGGACAGGGAAACGCAUUGAGACCUCUGGAGAAUGGAUUCACCUUGUUUCGAUGUGUCUCACAGGGCGUCUCGGGGAUCUUUGAACCCACGAAUAGCGUCUUUCAACAAAAGGUGGCUUCGAAUAACGUGGAAAGCUAUCUGUUUUAUCUACCCCUUGUGAAAAGAAUACGUACAUUGUAUGCGUCCAUAGGGGAUUUAUUCAGUUAUCUCUGUAUUUUAACCAGUGGUGUAUGGAUGGCUCUCACUCUUUGGUGGCAUGUCCGUCAUGCAACGGAAGAAGAGCAAAUUAGGAUUUAAGAAAAUAAAU